AUGAGGGUAUCUAUGCUGUUGUGGGGUUUGAUCCCCAUGAUAAUGGAGGCUUUGGUAGUUUCAGGAGCAGUCCUUGGUGUUGAUUAUGGCCAACAAUACGGUAAAGCUAUGGUUGUUUCGCCUAGAGCGCCCAUGGAAAUAGUUCUAACUCCGGAAUCCAAACGUAAAGAGGAAUUAGGAGUCGGUAUUAAAAGCUUUAAUGGUCGUCUAGAAAGACUUUAUGGAUCUGCAGUAACUUCUUCUAUGGUGACUAGGUUCCCAGGUAACGCAUUAAUGCAUUUGAGGUCUCUAUUAGGGAAAUUGGCAGAUGAGGAUCAUACCGGAUAUCAUAAAACGCACCCGGGUAUUAAGUUUAGUAAGACUUCUCGAGGAUCCUUGGCCUUUGUUGUUGAGGGGCAAGAGUUUCCUGUUGAGGAGGUUGUUGCCAUGAACUUGCAGCAAUACGUCAGGAGAGCUAAUUCUAUGUUAAAGGAAAAAGGCAGUGAUGAUUACGUGGACGUGCUGGCGCUCACGAUACCAGAGUACUACCAGAUUGAGCAGCGGAAUGCCCUUCUCGAUGCUGUUUCUUUGGUACCAAUUUCUCGCCCAUUUUUAAUUAGUGAAGGCUUAAGCGUAGCGGUUGAUUUUGCUUUAAAACAAAGGUCAUUUACUCCAGGUCAACAGUAUUAUUAUCUAAUUUACGAUAUGGGCGCAUCAUCUGCAGCUGCUUCUAUUGUCGGUAUAAUGCAGCCGAAUGACACCAGCGAGCCUCUGAGGGUCGAAUUACUUGGAUAUGGACAUAAUGAGGAUGUCAGCGGUUCCGUAUUUACGUCAGCAGUUGCAGACAUAAUUAGUGCAAAGUUCCUAUCUAGUAAUCCAAGUGUCAGGUCUACUGAUUUUGAACGUAAUCCUAGGGCUAAGGCUAAGAUACUACAAGCUGCGGAGAAGGCCAAGCUGAUCUUGAGCGUGAAUACCGAAUCUGUUGUGAGUAUUGAGUCCUUAUACGAUGAUGUUGAUUUCAAGACUUCAUUGCGCAGAAGUGAACUAGAAGAGUACUUGGAAUCUUCACAUCAAGCAAUUGUGGAUGUUAUUGUAAGAGCAUUUGACCAUCAAUUUAACGAAGAGAAAAUUUCUCUAAAACAAUUGGAUUCGGUGAUUUUAACUGGGGGUUCUACUCGAGUGCCACUUGUCCAGGAGAAACUUGCCGAGUUUUUGGGUGAUAUCGAAAUAGCGAAGAAGGUUAACGCUGAUGAGUCUGCUGUUAAUGGUGUGACAAUCCGCGGAAUUCAAUCAUCAUCUGCAUUCAAGAUGAAGCCUUUGGACAUUAUUGACCGCAGCAUAUAUCCUUAUAGUAUGAAGGUGACAAAAGAAGAAGAUUGGCAUGAAAUCUUUGAUGUAGGGUCCCAGUAUCCAAGCGAGGUUACUAUAUCGUUGCCUACUGAUUACAAUUUCCUUCCAUUCCAACUUGAAUUGUAUGAAAAUCAUAGGCUGUUCAAGAGUGUAGAAGUCCUUCCAUCUCAAAACAAAUCGAAAUUUACUCCAUCAAAGUGUCCAGCGGGCGUUGUUUACAAUGUAACGUUUGAGUUAUCGGACAACAGAUUGUUUGACUGUAAAAAAGUAGAUGCCAUUUGUCUUUCUGAACAACCAGAUGAGACGACUAACAGUUCAACCUCUAAAAUAGAACGUACUGCUAAGAUACUUACCGUUGCCAAAUACACCCACCUAAUUCCAUUGACCUCCAAGGAUAAGAUAGAGUCCAGUAGCAAGUUGGAAGAGUUGAAUAUUAAAGAUCAAGAGUACCAGCAGUUACAACAUGAAUUGAAUAACUUAGAAGCUAUUCUAUAUGAUACGAGAACUUAUUUGGAAGAUGAAACAGUGUUGGCUAAAGGUCCUAAAAAAGAUAUUUCUAGAUUGUCUGAGUUGGUAACAGAAAACCUUGAAUGGUUGGACUAUGAAUCAGACGAAGCAACUCUGGCUGACGUUGAAGAAAAAUCUCUAAGAAUAUCGACUCUGAAAGGUAAAAUCCAAUUGUAUGUCGCGUCUGCUGAUGAGGAGUUUGACCAUGAUACGUUUGCUGCCAUCUCUGAAGAGUCAGAGAACUUGUUAAACGAAGUUCGUGAGUUUGCAUCUGUAGCCUUAAAACAAGUGGAGGAUCAAAAAGCUGAGUUUGAAGCUGUUCAAUUAAAUGUAACAAAAGAAUACUCUAACAUCAAAAUUCCAAAGGGUAUGAAGUUAACGCAGAAACAAAAGCAGGAUUCAAUUGAUAGUCUCGAGCUGUUUGUUAAUAUAGUGAAUGAGAUGUUGGAUACUGACUCCAUUGAGUCUAAGAGUAGGGAAGAAUUAUUUGAGAUUAAGUUGCUCGGUGAUAAUGCAAAGAGGGAGCUAGAAAAUGUACAUAAUAUAACAAAGAACGCCCAUGUCUAUUGCUUGAGAGAAUUACAGUCUAUUUACAAUAGAAGACUAAGGGCAAUCUUAAGGCAGGAAGAGAAAAGGAAGGCAGCUGCUAGCGCUGCUGAAUCGAGCGAGGGUGAAACUACAGUUUCCGAUGCUAAUUCUGAAGAAAGUGCUGAAGAUUUUGAGCAUGACGAAUUGUAA